CAGAAUUGAUGAGUGAAUUUUGUGAUCUUCUGAUCUUGAUCUUAUCUUUCUUGAAAUUAAUUGCAAUAAAUGCAUUCGAGAUACGUAGACGUUGUAGUAAUUGAAUUACAAUAGUACUAAUUUGUUGCCUAUAUAUCUGUAUGAAAAUCUGAAGUUCAUUCGAACAAAAUAUUUUAGCACAAAAUGGAUCCCAAAGAUAGUAGUGAACAUUUGGUAGCCUUAAAGGUGAUGAGGCUUACAAAACCAGCUCUGAUAAGUCCGAAAAUCGUGACAUGUGAUUCAAAAGAUUUGCCAGGUAACAUAUUCAAUAACUUCCUCAAAGAUGAUGCUACUGCAGUUACUCAAAUGGAGACCCUGGCAGCUGGUCAGUUCCUAUUGUUACCACAGAGUUUCGGUAAUAUUUAUUUAGGUGAAACAUUUUCCUGUUACGUUUGUGUACAUAAUGAAACCAAUCAACCUGUUCAAAGUGUUUCAAUUAAGGCAGAUCUGCAGACAAACUCCCAAAGGAUACCUCUCACAACCCAACAAAGUCAGACUCCCUCUAUGCUUGAUGUAGACGAUACACUUAGCGAUGUUAUACACCAUGAAGUUAAGGAUUUAGGCACACAUAUCCUAGUUUGUGAAGUAACCUACAUGUCAAAUUACAACACCCUAGCCUCAUUUAGAAAGUUCUUCAAAUUUGAAGUAAUGAAACCACUUGAUGUCAAGACCAAGUUUUACAAUGCUGAAUCAGAUGAUGUUUACCUAGAAGCACAAGUUCAGAACAUCACAUCUGGGCCCAUUACUCUUGAUCAAGUCUCACUGGAGAGCUCACAGCAAUUCACUGUAAAAUCCUUGAAUGAGGAUGAAAAUGGAGAUUCUGUAUUUGGUGAUGUCACAUUGUUGCAGCCUCAAGAAAGUUGUCAAUACUUGUAUUGCCUGACCCCAAAGGAAAAUAUUGCUAAUGAAAUAAAGCUUUUAGCUUUAGCAAAGAAUAUUGGCAAACUAGAUAUUGUAUGGCGAUCAAACUUGGGAGAGAAAGGAAGAUUACAAACUAGUCAACUUCAAAGAGUUACUCCUGAUUAUGGGGACAUAAGGUUAACUUACGAAAGCUUGCCAAGCAAAGUUGCAGUUGAUGAGCCUUUCAAUUUUAAAUGUAAGAUAGUCAAUGCCAGUGACAGGACAUUAGACUUAAUUCUGAAGUUGCGGUCAAAUGCCGACUCAAGUCUGCUGUGGUGUGGCAUUUCCAACAGAAAACUAGGCCCACUGGAACCAGGCAAGGCAGUGCUGGUGGACCUCACUGCUCUGCCCAUGAAUACCGGCCUACACAACAUCACUGGAGUAGCUUUAGUAGACUUAUUUUUGAAAAGAACAUAUAAUUAUGAUGAUUUGGCAACUGUAUUUGUAUUUUGAGCACAUUAUAUGUUUGUAAACAUUUGCAAUGCUGCUACAUAACUUUACUGUCAUUAUGUUUAUAUAGCUUUUAAAUGACUAAUAUUGUGCUACGAAUAUUAUAUAUUGGGUUAAUUAAUGUAUAUCCAAUUAUCCUGUAUUAGGAGCAUUGUCAUUUAGAGAAACUGUUUUUAUUCAUGUAGGUAGAUUAAGAGGCCGGUGUCGAUUUUGGAGCAAAAAUGUAAAAUUGAUAGAUGUAGUUGUUGAAAUUAUACACGUUUUGUUACGUAAUAUCUAAAUAACAAGUAUUGGUUUCUAUUAGCACGUCUUCUCAUCUUACCUUUUAAUAAUGAGGUCGCGAGCGUGCGUCACCGGUAAUAUAUGAAGAGAAGGGGCAGUUUUUAAAAAUUCAUCAAAAAAUUAUGGUGGUAAAUUAUACAAAUUGAUGUAUAAGAAUAGUUUCAGCAAAUGUUGUAGAUUGUUUAAGUAUCAAAAGUACGUUGAAAUUAAGUCGAUUUUCAGAAAAAUUUGACACUUGUUUUGGAGUAAUUUCUGGAGAAAAUUGAAUUCGUUUAACUUUCAUUUCCUCGAACUCUGUCAUAUAACAAAAAUGUAAUCUGAUAAAGGUCAAGUACAGAAUAUGUGUAAUACAAAUUAACCAUUUUUAGCAGUCGAAACUUUACGAAAUUUACAAAUAAGAGCGGCUUUACGCGCGUUUACCUAAACGUCCAAAAGAAAAAAAAAACUACUAAUUUAGUGUCUGUUUUCAAAAAAUUGAUCCUUUUCAAAUUGAGCUAGAACUUGCCUAGAAUGAAAGGGGCCCACAAUGUGGUAAAAUUUGUAUAUUGCGCUUAAAACGU